AUGAGCGUCGGGUCUCCAGGAUGUAGGGGCCUCUCGUCAACUUCACGACAACAGGAACUGAGCAGUUUUGAAACUCCAGCUGCUAGCAAGUGCCUGGUGCUGAGCUGCUCCCCAACCAGAACAUUUGCUUUUCCCAUCAGCCCCAGAGCUAAUCAGACGUGGUGCCUGGCCGAGAUGGCCCAGGGCAGGGAACUGGGCCAGCCUGCCCUGCCCUCCAUGUGCGCUAGAAGGACAGCCCUCCUUUGGAUGCUGCCCAUCUUCGCCCCAGCAGACUCCCCCGUGGCGGCUGCAGUGGUGUCUCACUUCAACGACUGCCCAGAUUCCCACACUCAGUUCUGCUUCCAUGGAACCUGCAGGUUUCUGGUGCAGGAGGAGAAGCCAGCGUGUGUCUGCCACUCUGGGUACGUGGGUGUUCGCUGCGAGCAUGCAGAUCUCCUGGCCGUGGUGGCUGCCAGUCAGAAGAAACAGGCCAUCACUGCCUUGGUGGUGGUCUCUAUUGUGGCCCUGGCUGUCCUGAUUGUCACCUGUGUGCUGAUCCACUGCUGCCACAUCCGCAAACACUGUGAGUGGUGCCGCGCCCUUGUCUGCAGACACGAGAAGCCCAGCGCCCUUCUGAAGGGAAGGACCGCUUGCUGCCACUCUGAGACAGUGGUCUGAAGAUCCCAGAGGAGGAAUUUGGCCAGGUGACCUAUGGGAGCCCAACACCAGAAAAGCUUCUUGGGACAAUGCCACGGGCAGUACCCACGUUCCUGGGACAUGCUGGCAGACUUUCCCUGUGCAGGGCACGGUCGCCUGUGUGGCCAUCUGUCCUCUGCAGGCCUUCAAAACUGUGCGGUAACUCUGCCUGCCGGGCUUCCUCAGCGCACCCUAGAGAAGAGGCCAGUAGACCACGUUUCAAGACAAACUGAACAAGAACCUCAAAGGGCUGACUGGCCUUCUUGCUAACCCACACCAGGCAUGCGCUUGGGUUGGUGUCUUCUGCCAGUCAUGGAUUCCAGGCUGUUUCUUCUCAAUGGGCCAUCUGGUCCCAGCAGAGACUCCAUGGUUGAUGUACAAAAUGGACAAGGGAGACGCGUAUUGCUAUAUGAAGACAGCAUGGCCUCUUAGGACCCUUGACAUCUCCUCAAGCUGUUGCCAGAAUGUGUGUCUUAUUUAUUAGAUGGAUAAUGGUUUUAUCUUUAAUCUCUUAAGUCAAUGUCAGGCAUCCACAUUAACGAUACAAGAGCAGCUGGCCGUGACAUUACACCAAACAGAAAUGUCCAGCCACUUUGAUAACGCCCGACUGUAGGGCGAGGUGCCUCCCAGGGGCUGUAGGGACAGCGGCCAAAAGUGACUCUGAUGGGACCAGAACUGCUAUUUGGAGGCCAUGCCCUCUAAGAUAUAAACCGGAAAAGUCCCCCCAGAUACACAUGUCGCAAAGUUAGCAAGGCCAGUGGCAGAGCCCCCACCCCCACGGAGGCAAGAGCACAAAAGAGCCUAUGUGGACACCUAGAGAGGACGCACAUGCCAACGCUUGGCUAAGUGGAUUAACUUCCUCGUGAGCUCUGGCAUUAGCAGUGAGUUAUGGGCCAAAUCCAUGAAGGGGACCAGCCCUUUAUUUUCCAUGCUUUUGCCUUGGUGUUUGCUUUAUUUUCAGAAGGAGAAAUUUAACUUUCCUAUUUAUUUUCAAGCAUUAGGAUAAAUAUCCCACUGUUGGAUUUUGUUUGUUUUGUUUUGUUUUCUUCCCUUUCAGAACGUUGGCAUUAUUAACAAAAUUGCUACCAAACCUCUCCACUACCCUCUGGAGAAGGAGACCUGAGCACGCAAGGGUGCUCUGACCCAUUGGCCCACCCUCAUCCCUGGGCUGCUCGGCACUGUCUGGAGACAGAAUGACAGUUAAUAACGCUGCUCAUGGAGGAGGACAUUGUCUAACUCAGAAGUGUAAAGCCUGCCCCUGUCAGCCCCCCAGAGCCUCUGACCCCGCCUCGGGAGAGGGCAUUUGAUACACCAAGUCGGUUUGGUUUCUAUCAGAGAGUUUUGCCUCAUUUUUCUUCCACCCCACCUUUUUCUGUAGAUUUUUCUCUUCUCCUGGGAUCUAGGCAUUGAUCUGCCCCAGGCCUUAACCCUGGCCUGCUUUGUUCACAAUAACUGGAGCCCCAAAAGCAGAAGCUGGGUCUGUCCAGAGCUGCCCUCCAGCUACGGAGCUGAUGCGGCUCCAGGCAGAAGUCAUCGCUUUUGUUGUUAUUAUUAUUAUUUUGGUUUGGUGUUUUGUUGUUUCUUUUUGUGAGACAGGUUCUUGCUGUAUAGCCCAGGUUGGCCUUGAAGUCAAGGUCCUUCUGCUCCAGCCUCCUGAGUUCUAGGCUUAUAGGUGUGUACCACCAUGCCCAGCAGAGUUUUUUAGUUUUUAAAGGAAAUAGGGUUAAGUUUCCUUUCCUUGGGUCAUUCAUGUGGGUCAAGGUCGGGUGUAGCCUGCUGCUCAGAGACCAAUCAACUGCACUGGACCUUAGGCCUCUAUUGGCCCCCAGCAUUUUCAGUAGGACCCUGCCUGAAGUCCUGACUCGUGGGGACCUACACAAAUGGAGGCACAGGGCUUGUUCUCAUUUAGUGCACACCAUUACCUUCAGAUGACAGAUCUUCCCUGGUCUGCUGGAGGCUCCUGGACAUCUGACUUAUUUAAAGAUUUUGAGCUGACAUCGAAGUAUUGGUGGGAACUUCUUCACUAAUACUCCAUCCUAAAGAUGUCACCAGGAAUUGUCAUCUGAGACUCAGCAGAGGUGGGGAAAAUUAGGAUGGACAUAUGAUGGCGAAGGCGGAGGAUCCCGGGGGAGGACCUCAGCUUGGGGUCUGAGCAUCCCAGUUCUCAGGUCCAGCCAAUCACAGCAGCCAGUAGCCCUCCUGGUGCCUAUACACAAAUGCAGCAGCUCAAAUGCCUCUAGAAGUGCCUUCCCAGCCAGGUCUUUUGUAAAACAACAGGUCUGAAGAGUCAGAAGCUGAGGCUAGGCUGUGAUGAGUCUGGCCGGACAUCGUCCCUGCCCCAACAGAUGACAGCCCUGCUUUUUGGUGACUGAUCUUGGAAGACAGAUGCUAUUUUCCUUUCUGGGCCAUCUCACAGCACAAAUAGCCCUGAUUAACUGUACCAGCAACCUCCUGCCAGUUCACACUGUGCUCCCCACAGUGCCCUCCUGCCAGUUCACACUGUGCUCCCCACAGCACCCUCCUGCUAGUUCACACUGUGCUCCCCACAGCACCCUCCUGCUAGUUCACACUGUGCUCCCCGUAGCAUCCUCCUGCCAGUUUACACUGUGCUCCCCACAGCACCCUCCUGCCAGUUCACACCGUGCUUCCCACAGUGCCCUUCUGCCAGUUCACACUAUGCUCCCCACAGCACCCUACUGCUAGUUCACCCUGUGCUCCCCAUAGCAUCCUCCUGUCAAUUCACACCAUGCUCCCUACAGUGCCCUCCUGUCAGUUCACACCAUGCUCCCCACAGUGCCCUUCUGCCAGUUCACACCAUGCUCCCCACAGCACCUUCCUAUCAGUUCACACUGUAUUUCCUGGCCCUCUCUUUAUGUCCAACACAGCUAUAAAUAAGGAGUAAUCCUCAGCAGCCACACAGGACAGCACAGUUGUUCAGUGACUCAGGGGACAAUGAACAGCCCCACAGAAUGAAUUGAAAUUAAUUCCAGGGACAUCAAGAUGGCACCAUGAGUAAAAGUAUUUACCAACAACCCUGAGGACCUGAAUUCAAUCCCUGGGACCCACAUAGUGGAAGGAGAGAACACACACACACACACACUCACUAAUUUUUAAAAAUAAAAAUGAAUUUUAGAAAGGCUGCCACACCUCUGGUUGUAACCUUGAAUACACCAUAGGACACAUUUUCUCCAUGGAAAAAAUACAGUGGCAACUCCAGCCUGAAAGACAGAUUCCAGAUGGACAAAUACAGAACCAAGCCAGGAGUCAGUUUGUCAUGUGUCCUAGAAAAGGGUAGGACCAAUAGUUCCAAGGUGUGUUUUCUCCCACUCCCCCCAAAAAAGGGGCAGAAGGCAAGAUUGGUCCUAAACACGCACAUUGGUGAGGGAUGAGGCUGUGGCUCUGAGGCUUGGGUCGUGGGUUGUUCCCAAGUACAGAAAGUCACCUGGGGUCCCCAGGCCAGCUUUCCUAGUGCCUGUUAGUUACUGGGUGAACCAGCAACAUUCUAACCCUGCCUACAGGCCCAGUCCUGUGGUGAGUUCUGAGCUUGUCCCUCCCAGGACCAAGGGGAGGCCAUACUAAACAACACAUAUGGUUAUUGACAUGGGGUUUCACUCUGUAGCCCAGGCCAGCCUCAAACCCAUAAUUCCCCUGCCUCAGCCUCCUGGGUUACAGGUUUGUUCCUGACUUAACGUUUGUUUUUAAUGUUCUGGUGUAAGAUUUAUUCCCUGAAGCCAUUUAUCUGUCUCAAAGACAGUGUUGCACACACUCGUGCACAUGAUUACACACAGAGAGAACGGAACAGCAACCCCACUCCAUAGUGUAGUAACUUUAUUAUAAGGAACCUGAGGCUGUCUUAGAACUCAUCAUUCUGACUUCUGUAUAUGAUGCACUGAAGGUUAAUAUGUAAUGUUUUAAUUUAUUUUAUGUGGUAAGUUAAUUUUGGUUUCUGUAAUGUAUUAAUGUGAUUAGAAGCUUUUUUCCUUAAUAUCUGAAUUAUACUUAAAGAGCAGUGAGGAAUAUAAGAUACUGUUGUGGUUUUCAGAAGUGUGUAUUGUUACUCAGUUGUAUUGUACCUUGUUUGGAAGGAUGAAGGAAUGAACUUUUUUCCUAAACAUCAA